UUUAAGUGGAUAUCAGAAAAUAUUUCCGGUUAUUUGUUAAGAUAAUACAGCUAAAAUAUAGUACCAAAUAUAUAUACGUAUUACUUAACGAAUAUUUUGUUAAUAACAGUACUGAUAUAGAAUUAUCAGCUCUUUCACGUCCUGUGCUCUUGUUUUUGCUGUUCCCGGCUGGACUUUCCAGCAGAAACAUUGAUAGUAUUAAAAAAAAAAACUAUUACAUGUUGAAAGUGAAACAAAGUGUUGAUUUUAUGCUUCCUUGCAGUGUUGCAUAAAGUUACUGAAGAAGAAUUAUAGAGGCCCCGUUUUAUGAAAUAAUCAUUGCCAGUAUGCGCAAGAUACGUCGUCGUUUCGCUUAUAAAAUUGCCGCUUUAUUAUUUGUACUCACAGUGGCUAUUUUUCUGUUUUUUACUGGACCAAAGGAAUUGGAUCGUUCUGAGAAAAUUUUAAUCAUUGAGCGUUCUAUACGCUCGCCUAUGAAUCGUGGCGAAUGUCGUCUACCCCAACUGCCAGUAGAUGACCCAGAAGUAAUGAAGUACUACCAUCCGGUUGAGAAAAUCAAUUGUGGCAAUAUACUGGAUGAUUGGGUCACAUGUGAGAAAUCGAUUUGCUUUGUUAAACCGGAAAUAAGUGCCACACAAGGUGAAGUCAUUUGUACUUAUACGGAUGUGAUACGCAGCACGGAUUACAAGAGCAAAUAUGGCAAAUCGACAAAAACUAAAGAGCCAUAUAUUUUGCGUGCAAGUGACUUUGUAAAGGUUGUCUGUCAUAGUUCCACGUCUGGUAACAGCUGGUAUGGCAUGGCCUACGGCAUACGCGAUGGAGUUGCUGUGAAGCCACAAACACCGCCUAAGCUACCCAUUUAUGCCGGACUUGCAGGUGCAGGCGUUGCCGAGAUGGCUGCUGACGAGGACAGCAACCCCUCAUUCUCGAAGCAUUUUAACAUACUUAUGUUGGGUUUUGAUUCGCUCAGCCGCAAUGCUUUUCAGCGCAAAUUACCCAAAACGUACGCAUACCUUGUGAAGGAGUUAAAGACCAUUGUUUUACAAGGUUACAACAUUGUAGGUGAUGGCACGCCACAGGCAUUAGUACCAUUACUGACCGGCUACACUGAAUUGGAGUUGCCAGAGACACGUACACGCAUGUCGAAUGCAAUGAACGUCGAUGUUUAUCCGAUGAUUUGGAAAGAGUAUGCACAUAAUGGCUACUAUACUUCGUUUAAUGAGGAUGUGCCAAAUAUUGGCACUUUCACAUAUCGCAUGAAAGGAUUCACUGAACAACCAGUCGAUCACUAUUUGCGUACGCUUUACUUGGAAGCGCCAAACAUGUGGAAUUGCUGCGCAAAACACUGCAUCGGUCAUCAACCAGAUCAUGCUGUUAUGCUGGAUUACACUAAAAAUUUUAUGCUCAAAUACAAAGAUUCGCCCCGUUUUGUGUUUAGUUUUCAUGGCGGACUGUCACAUGAUUCCAUUAAUUUGAUAGGUGCAGCCGAUGAUGAAGUAAUUUCUUGGCUUCGCUUUUUGAAAGAGACACAUUUGUUAGACAAUACAAUACUUAUUAUGAUGUCGGAUCAUGGCAAUAGAUUUGCACAAGUGCGCGCCACACUACAGGGCAAGCAAGAGGAGCGUUUGCCUUUCUUCAGCUUCACGUUUCCAAAAACUUUUCAAGACCGGUUUCCACAACAAUAUGCCAAUUUCGUGGCAAAUGCUAAUUAUUUGACCACACCAUUUGACGUACACGCUACGCUCCAACAUCUUCUGGUACUCCAAACGGAGGAUGCCCAAGCGGACAAUGUAAUUUCGGAUUAUCAUACACAGCCAACAUCAACAGAAGACUUAGUGUCUACUGAGUAUAAACAACUUGCAGAAAAACGUGCGAUUUCACUUUUCGAAGUAAUACCAAAGAACCGAUCCUGCAGCGAUGCCUACAUCGAACCACACUGGUGUGCUUGUCUUAAUUGGCAGCGACUUUCACUCAAUGAAAGUGAACCACACUUACCAAUUUUGCUUAAGGCGGCUGACAGUAUUGUAACGACCAUUAACGAUUUAACCAAACCUUACCGUAAUCUUUGCGCGCCACUAGAACUGGAACGCAUCAAUUGGGCAUUACGGCUGCGCCCUCAUAAUGAGCUCCUAACUUACAAGCAAAAUAGCGACAAGGACGGCUAUGUGGCAGAUAUGAGCGAUAAAAUGCGCAUGCAUGAGGAGUUAUUUCAAUUGCAGAUUAUGGUCUCGCCGGGAGAAUCGCUUUUCGAGGCGAGCGUUACAUAUGAACUGAACACUUUCCAGAUGCACACAAAGGCCACAGAUAUAUCCCGCGUAAAUAAGUAUGGUGAUCAAGCGAAUUGCAUAUACGAGCUUAAUCCAGAAUUGCGAAAAUAUUGCUAUUGUAGAUCAUUAUGAAGCAACAGUUAAUGAAAAACAAAAACAGCUGAUAUAGCGUUAUUUAGUAUUGCUUCACUAUUUGCCAACCGAAAAUUAUUAUUAUCUAGUUAUGAAAUCAAAAAUUAAAAAUCGGCAAAAUCAAUUUUUUUCGGAGUAUUCGACCAAACUAAUUUUUUUUAAAGAAAUUGAGUCAUAAGUAAGAAAGUAAUUUCUCCGUUGGUGUAGUAUUGAACUUAAAGCCUAACGAAAAUGUGCUGGACUUCUCGCGAUUUCUUUCCGAAAUCGAAAUUGCAACUGAUAAACGGUUCACUAGACAAGGCUAGUUUAUAGGGGCGGCAGCCCUUGUUCGUGGAAAACCCGAGUCAUUCCGGUAAAGUAGAACCGGCUGCCAUGGGAAUGAGUUUGGUAUGUGAUGAGAUUCACGCAAUUUCGAUGAGCUUUGAAGUUAAAUCUGAAAUAGCUGAUUGAUUAAAUAAUGACUUUUAUGCUACUUAUAUUAAAAAUUAACAUUAGCACGCUUGCAGAUAUGUGACUAUAAAUGGCUAAAAAAGCUGUGAACGCUUUUCAUCCGCGAUCAAUCCAUAAUUCUUUUAUUUUCAAUUUAUCCAGUAUAAAUGAACACAUCACCUGGUUGCUAGAUGAUUAUGGCUAUGAAUUAUAACUCGUAACAAAGUUGAAAGAGUAAAGGGAGUGCUUAAAAGUCGUUUUAAAUAUUUGCCAUAACUUAACUUCCAAAAAGGAAGAAGUAACUUAUUUACUUAAGACUAAAUAUCUCAAAAAAAGUUGAUUUGGUCCAAUACCCAGCUGAGUGCUGUACAGUGUAAAUGCUAAAAACACAAAUCAGACGGGUAUCAUAACAAAUGACGGCAGUAGUCGUUUCUAAAAGCGGUCGUCAUUGGUACAUCUAUAAGUACAAACAAUAACCGCUUAAGUCUGAAACCAUGUUAAUUAAAAAUAAAACUAAUUUUAAAACUAAAAACAUAAUUAGAAGGUGCAGAUCUCAUGGAAAUAUAAUUUUCUUGGUAGAAUUCGACAGCAUACACCUAUGUAAACAAACUCUUUCUUAAUUCCACUUAGGCGAUUAUAGCUUAUAGCCACAAAUAUACACAUGUAUUCAUAUAUAUAUAUAUAUAUACCAUAUAUAUAUAUACGUAAAGCAGUUUUCAGUUUUUCAUUUGAAUUUAUAUAAAAUUAUUUGCAUUGUUCUCCCUCUAUAUGAAACUGUAGAUCAUUUGCAUCGUAAGCCUUUCAUAAAUGUUUAAAUGAAAAACCAAAAUGUCAACGUAACAUUAAUUAAUUCCCACUGUCUCGAAAGCAAACAAAUCAAUCUCAAUACUUUUAAAAAGUUAGUUUGAAUAUGUACAUAUAUUAUAUAUUAUAUUUUACUUUAGAAACUUGCUAGUCCAACAUUGUCGUUAUCAGCCAAUGUUUUUUUUUUCUACAUAAGUAUGUAUUGGGUAUUACAUGACAAAUAAUGGUUAAUAUAAAGAUACGGUAGAGUUUUUUAUCUAAUUUCUUAGAUGAUUUAUACUUGGUCAGUAAAAUAUACAUGUAGAUAUAGUUAUUUAUAUAUAGUAUCUAUUUAGUUUCUGAUUGAGAAAUAAAAAUUAAAAUAACACAAAAUAUUCAAUUGCGGGUAAAAAUUGGUUUAAGUUUAAAUUCAUGGGAUUCACUUGAAACUCACUACUCGGGGGUUUUUGGUGUCGCUUUUAAGCAGAAGGGUUACUCAUUUAACAAAGAAUGACUCGUAUGAAUUUUUUUAAUACACAUUACGCUUAUUUAUAUGUACAUGCACUAAUGGCCUAAAUAAUAUAAGCGCGUUAUUCUGACCAGUUUUGACUACUUUUCCUUUAUUUUCAUAAAUUUUUUAUGAAAGUAUUGUUCAUUGUGC